ACGCGCUUCCGUCACAUUUCUCGCUGAUCAAGAAGCGGGAAGGGCGCGAACUGGGCGAUCUGGCGAACUAACCUCCUCGAAGUCGGAGAAGGGGGAGAAGGCUGUGAAGUGCAGAGGUGAAGUGGUGGCAGUCUAUCCGCACAUGAGUUCGUCCAUUCAACAACAACGCUACAACGUAACAAGAGCAGCGGAAAGAGAUAUAACGCGAAGGAGAACCGCCAGUGUUGGACGGGUGUGGUAUGUGUCUCCUUUUUGUCUCGACACUGACGCAUGGUAAAGGAUAACAGAAGAAAGUAGGCUGCUGCAGCCGCCAACCAGACCAAUUAUGGCGUGCAAUAUGUUGGCGCCCGUGAAGACGGAGAAGCAAAUUUACGAGAACUCGAUGCCUGAAGAUGACCCCAACAGCAACUCGGACACGUACCAAGUGAACGAGCAAUUCCAAGGUGAACUGAAGCCCCGGUGGGGUCCCUACCACGCCGGAGCCAGGGAACUGGCCAGCCUGUACACCAGAGGGAAGCGCACUCAGGAGACGGUGUGCAUCGGGGUGUGCGUGACGCUCAUGGUGUACAACCUGUGCCAGCUGCUCUACUAUUUCCAGGCUUCCCGGUGGAGCUCCAUUGUGGCAGUCGCUUUGUGUGGAGUGGUGACAGCCGAUUUCCUCAGCGGUCUGGUGCACUGGGCAGCCGACACCUGGGGGAGUGUUGAGCUCCCCAUCAUUGGAAAGGCAUUCAUCCGGCCCUUCCGGGAGCACCACAUUGACCCAACGUCUAUUACACGGCAUGACUUCAUCGAGACCAACGGGGACAACUUUAUGGUGCCCAUCCCAGUGCUGGCUGCCAUGGCCUGGGGCUUUGCCAGCUGGAGGCCUCAGGACAUCCUGGCGCGCUACCACUGGAACUGCUUCUUGUUCCUCCUCGCACUCUUCGUGGCCUUCACCAACCAGAUUCACAAGUGGUCGCACACAUACUUUGGCCUGCCCCGGUGGGUGACGCUGCUGCAGGCGUGGCACGUGGUGCUACCGCGGCAGCACCACCGCAUCCACCAUGUGGCGCCGCACGAGACCUACUUCUGCAUCACGACGGGCUGGCUCAACUACCCGCUCGAGAAGCUGCGCUUUUGGGCAGCCCUUGAGGGUGUCAUCUCGGCCCUGACGGGCUGCCGGCCCCGCUCGGACGACCUGCGCUGGGCACAGAAAAAGUGACCUCCCGCCACAGCAUAUGCGGGUUGCAGCGGGCACCCCAAGGCCUGCCCCAACGGCCCUAUGCGGGGAGCGGGGAUCGCCCGUCCACUCGACGCUCGGAUCCUCUCUUGGAACGACGGCUCAACCUUUUGGGGCUGCGAGCUAUUCUCGAGAUGUCCGUCCAAUCGGAACCUUUGGCGCCAUUUCAGUGUCUUCACGAGAUCAGCUUCUGCACUAUCCGACUGCGAGGCUAGCUUUGAGAACCGCUUCUGUACGACACAAUUUGCUUUCCCGCUGGGGUUCUUCAUCGCCUUAGUAUGAAAAUGAGAGGCUCUGGUCGUGUGGAAAUUUUCAAGGGUUGUGUACCAGGGAGAUCCAAAAGUAACCAGAAUCAAUUUCUGCAGGGCUGGCCGUUCUUAGUACCGGCUUCCGCGGCUAGCAGCACGUAGCGACACCCCUUUUGAGUCAGUUUGCCGACUGGCGUUGUGUGCUAAAGUUCUAGCGGUAUGUUGAGAAUUUUUUCCUCAAGCGCUUCAAAAUCAUUCAUUGUUUUUUUGCAAUGUCUGAUUUGAAGGACUAGCACGUGGCCGUGAAAUGGUUUUAUUUUAGGGAAAAACGGCGGCAGAAACUCUUGUAAUGCCUCACAGCUUACUAAGAAGAUCCUAUUCAGAAAUCGCAGGUCUACGAGUGGUUUUCUCGCUUCAAAGCGGGCGAAUUAUUGAAGGAAAUCGUUUUGUGAAUGUGGAAAGUCCUUCAAAUUGGACAUUGCAAAAAACGAGGAAUGAUUUUGAAGCGCUUGGGGAAAAAAAUAUACAACAUGCCGCUAGAACUUUAGCCGACGACACCGGUGGGCAAACCGACUCUGGAGAGGUGCCACCAAGAGCUGCUAGUGGCGGAAGCUGGUACUACGAACGCCCCACCCUCCAGAAAUUGAUUGCAGUUGCUUCUGGGUCCCCCCCUAGGGUAGUUUGGAUGGAGACCAGCAUUCUUUUCUUUUGCGACAUAGAGACAAUCCCAAAAAUGCCACCUCCACAGGUGAAUUUCUUUUGGGGGCAUGCGUGCGGUGAAGGACAUACAUAUUGAGAUGCUAAAGCGCAGAACGACAAGGAAGGAAAUACGAGAAAGACGGGAAACAAUGCUGACAACCGACGUUUAAAACUCCCGAAAUGUCGGUUGUCAGUUAGCGCUCUUUCCUGUCUCACUCAUAUUUCCUUCCUCGUCGUUUUGCACUUCAAUAUAUCAAUAUGUACAACCAACUAGCCCGUCGGAUGAUCUUGAUGUACAUAUUUCUGAAAUGACCCUGACUGUGCUACCCUAGAACAGAAUGUCUCUCUCACUCGGAGACAAGAAUCGGUGCUACACUGUUUUAUCUCUAGCUGCCAAACAAACAUUUCCAGCUAAGAUAAGCCAAUAGGCAAGGUCUAUCAUGUUCUUUCUUGCCAGUUGAGUUGCAAAUUAAUGUAGCAGUCUAAAACAAGCACAAAUAGAUGACUUCCGUUCACUAUUAUAAAAAAAAGUAUAAAGUGCCCAGAACAAGCUGCGAGAUCAGGCAGUAUAGACGCUUAGCACACGCUCCAGAUUACAGCUGACAUUGCAGACCUUCUCGUCUUGCCAAGAUACCGAGCCACUGAAAUGGGCACGGACGAGCCUCCACAGAGGCCAAUGCUGAGGAGAAGAGCACAAUAGAAUCUGAAAUGACAAUAACCUGGCUUGCUAUGCUAAUGAAGUGAACGGAAUAGGAGGAAGCAAAAACUGAAGGUCGGUUAUGGCGGCUCACACGCACAGCUGCUGCAUAACGUCUAUACCGGCAAGGAUACUUUGACCGAAUUUGUGUUACGUAACAAUUAAAAAAAAUAACUUCCAUGAAAACUGUGCUAAGAGGGAUUUUUUGUUUUGAGACUAUAUACGAGGUGCUCGGUUUAAAUUUUAUUCAGAAAUGCAUUUCAAGGUUCUCUUGUAAGAGGCUGUCUUCGAACAUUUCUCGAGUUUGAGGCGAAAUGACAAGCUACAAAACUCAUAUUCACCGAGCCUGAAUCACUAGAAGCAGCGAUAUGCAUUUCAGCGAAAUGAGCAAGUUGGGGCUCCCAGAUUUUCAUCUUGCUCGAGCGUCUAGACAAAAGCAGUAUGUAUUCGGCACCGAAGUCACCGAGCAGCCACCAGGAUUUUUGUGUUUGAAGUUGGCAGUUGGACUAACCUCUCGGCAAAAUAUUUGUGCCCUUUCAGGUAAUUAACCACGAUACUUUCAUACCUGUUGCUAGUGUAUGCUGCCCAUUCUCUCCUCUGAGCCAAGUCCUGCUGUCUAUGUAAGCUAGUCCCAGCUAGCUAGUCGGUUAAAACUUGUGUUGCUGUCUUAGGGCAGACUCUUGAGCUUUCUGAGCACAUUUUGGGUGGGGUGGCACAGUCAGCAGCUGUCAGGAGCAAUCGUUUUUAUGCGAAAGUGAAGUAGUUGGUGUUUGGUAGCAAUCGCCCUAUUGGGAUUGCCCAGUUUCAUGAGCAAGCUCUCGCAGUUUUGACCGCACAAGAAAAGUUAGUGCUCGCACAUUUGAAGCAGUCUCUGAACAAUGUGGUGUUGUCUGUGCAUUUCGGAACCCUGGUUGGUAGACGGACAUUUUUUCACAUUUUAUGAUCUCGUAUCACAAGCCCAUUUAGGCUGGCAUUGGGUCAGUUUUGGGAACGGUAUGGUAGAUUAUUUUUCUACAAGCGGCUGUAACGGCCAGCGUAUUCAAAAAUAGUGCGCAGCCCCUUGCCCGAGUUUUUGAAACACUGGUUCGAUAAUGGGCUUGCAUUAACUGCCAAUAAUUGAGCGUGGAGAAUAUUGCUCUUUGGGCAAACAGGUCUUGUGUGCUCCAUAAAUAGGACUUAACACAAGGCUGCAUUAAUGCAGAUGCUACUUUUCUUUUUAAUCCUACGGUACCUUGGUUGUCGGAUAUAGCAAUUUAUUCACACACUUUUGGGCAAGUGUCGACAUCGAUCCUACAUCAAACCUGCUUCGAUAUUCCAGCGUUGGGUGGGACCACUUUGGUCAGAGCCAACACAGAUCCCUUUCUUUUAUUUAUGGAGCUUUGCAUUUCUCAGCAGGAAAUUUGACAUUGGCAGGCCCGGGAACAGUUUCCCCUGGAAAUGCCUUGCCCGGGCAUGGCUGCAACAGACUGCAUGCCAAUGCUAGCAUCGGUGCAUCAUGUGUAUGAAUAAUGGCCCUGGCAUGGCACGCCAACCGAUUAAAGAGUUUCACCUCCAAAAUUUUAGUGGCGUGGAAGCAUAACCACCGUGAAAGUGUUUAUCCCACAAACUGCUCGGAGGAUUUUGUGCCACGAGUGGAUCAUUUACAGCCAGGGAGGUAGUAGCUAGUUUUGUAUGCUGCCAAAAACUGAAGCUUUUCAUUCGCUGCAUUUGAACACAACUAGUUAAUAUGUGCGGACAGCAACGCUUAGUGCCUCAUGACAACAGCCACCGACAGCGAGAAUGGCGCUCCAAGCCUUCCGCCAUGCUUUGGCUGCACGAGACGUUCUUGUCUAUAGCAGUUUCCCGACCAAAACAAUCCAAGUUGCAACUGACCUCCUCCUGGCAACUCAUUGUGCCCCCAGAUAACGCUCAAUAGGGAUGCAACUUUUUUUUCUUUGGCCAGGACAACAAAGUACACCCAUCGUCAUCCAGGACAGCCUCCCUUGUACUUACAUAGAGGAGGCUACGUGUCUCCUUGCAGUGUGUGCCGCUGGAGACACCAACUUGUAGAUAUCCAUACUCCAAGUGCCCUCAAAAGUCCAUGCGACAGAGUGCUAAGCUUCAGUCUUUUUACGGCUACAGCCACAUUGGAUUCACAGGGAAGUGGAACAAGCAUGAGCAUCCCCUCCAGGGCGGGUGUUACUAUUUGCAGUUCUACCGCAGGAUAUUGCAGGCAAUGUCGGUUCCCCCGCGAAACUGGUUUGCUUCAAGGGCAGCCCGCCUCCCCUUAGUCUCAAAAGUUGUGGUGGUCAUUGCUCCUGUCAAGUUUUCCCAUCUUGAAAACACUGUAGUGCUAUCUGCUGGGGUCGACUUACCAGGCAGCUUUGGGGCCAAUAUGAAGUGUCAUGAAAUGGGGAAGAAUUUAGUGCAAUGUUCUACACUAAGUUUGGAAUAUCUGAAGACAACUGAAUUCGAGCACCUGCCAGUUGGUGCAAGCCCUAGUCCACAUGGCUCUACUGUUUGGCGAGCCACGUCACUACCCUGUGCAGUGUUAUCAAAGGUACCGGUCAAAACACAUUGUGAAACACUAGUGCUUCCUCAAUGCUCUACACAACUCGAUGGAGGAAACGGGUACUUCUGGCACAGGCCAUCCUUGCCUUGUGGCCUCAAAGCUGUCAGUAGGCACUUUUUUCUAUUUUUAUACAGCAGCCUCUCCACUCUAGAUUUUCCUAUCCCUUUGUGCAAGGACAGUGCAACCGUUGCAUGUAUAGCUCGUUCUAUUUUUGUCACAAUGAAGCUUGUCCAACAUUGCCAACUUGAGCAGAGGUGGGUGGGGCUGGGUGCUCAUUUAAUGGUGGUGGGAGUGUGCUAGCCAUUGGCAAAUGUGUGAAAUGGCACUGUUUUAUACUGUCGUCUUAAUAAAAUAUUGUCAACCUCAA